CUCUUGGUCAGUUAGCUUUGCUUGGCAAGUGCUCACUGUCUAAAGUGUUGCACCAAAACAAUUCCCGUAGCACCAGAUGCAAGUGCAAUGAAAUUCGAAGCUGCUGAAUCUCACAUUCACCAGGAUCAGGGGACAGACGUAUUGGAAUGCAGUCCUUCGAGGUCCCAGCCACCAUCGUCAACCUCGCAUAUCAACGUCGGUGAAAUGGAACAGAACCCAACAGCUCUUCAGAAGGUCUCAGAUGGCUCCACAACGCCCAGUGUAUGCGCCAACAAGGAUGAUGCGAAGACACGUUGUAAGACCAAGGGAAAGAGGAAAGCCACCGACGGAACGAUCAGCAAGGAGCCCGGCAAAGGACACUCUCGCAAGCGGGCUAAAUCCAACCAUGUUACCCCCCGAAAACACGAAGAUUUUUAUAUCUCGGAUGCCAAUACUGUUAUUGAAGUUGAUGGAGUACUGUUCAAGCUUCAUCGCUCGAGGCUCGUUUCCAAGUCAUUAUUCUUCGCGCAGCUGCUUGAAAAUUAUGACAAAGAUAACUUUCCGAACGACGACGUGCGGGUAGAAGUUGAUGAUAAAGUGACGGUAUACCACCUCGGUAACACUACUACGGCGGACGACUUUACGGCUCUCUUGAAGUUUGAUGAUAACCCAACCGAAUAUUACUUCCAACCUCCCUCAUUCUUAACUCUUGCCCCCAUUAUCUGCGCGGCGACUGCCUUGCGCUUCGAAACAUAUCGUACCUGGGCAGUUCGAGUUCUUGAACAUACAUGGUCAUCGUCCCUGGAGGAUUUAACCCCUGAGCCUAAGGAAGACGCUGCGGGUGUCAUUAUUCUUGCACGUUCAUGUGGUUUGAAUGGUGUUAUGAAACGUGCUUUGUACGAACUUGCUAGGACCCGGCGGAUUAGUCUGUAUGAUGAUGUUCUUGGGCAGUCAGUGCUCCCGCAGAUUGGUCGUGCAGACGAAAGGUGCGUGGGGCUCAUGAAAGAGCUCUUGGUCACCACUUGGUCAGAGGUCGCUGUGCGAAUCGAUACGUUUCCUUGCCGUGACCAACCCUUCUCGAACAAAAUUAGGAGGGUGUCACUUGUAGAACGAGACUGGGACUCUCCAGACAAGUGUCCACCUCAAACCACCCAACAGGUUACCUGGAACGAACGUGUACAUGACUCUGGGCUGUACACAAAAUUCCUGUUCGACCCAGUGUGUGGUGCUCAGGAGUUGAUCAACAUCCCGUGGAAGGAGGAAAGCUGGUGCGCAGAUUGUGUCCGAUCAAGACGAGCUGCUUGGAGAAAGAUGCAACAAGACUUAUGGACGGAAAUGGACAAGUUGAUCCCUGAUAUUGAGUAAUUUUAGAGAAAGAUGCCUCCGCUGCAUAUACCAUCACAGAUGGACGGAUAAGUCUAAGACAUGAUGUAUGUGACUACUUCUCGUGUGUACCGGUUGCUGAUCAGACUCCACCAUUAUAGAUUUUUUUCUAAUUUAUCGAACUUACCUGGCUUGCUUUAAUGCUUUCUGACUCGCCAAUCAAUUAUUUUAUGAACAUAGUUAAGCCUCUACGUACACCUACCAGUUUGCUUCAAUUUAGCUUUGGUCGCAUAUUAA